AUGCACGAUGAAUUCAGCCUCCUGGGUAUGCCACCGGUGUCGAACAACCUGAUUUCGCCAACGAACACGUUCUUCCAGUCGACACGAAUCGAGCCGCAAUCGGAGUGGUCGCUGGAUGACAACUUUGAUCUCGACGAGGCCGACAUUGACGACUUUUUUGCAUCGUCGUCCAAGAAAGAGACCAAGAGCGUGGCGACACCAUUUGCUCAGCCACUCAGCGCUGCGUCCCCGGCGGCCCCGACGCCCACCCCUGGCCCUGCUACGGCAUCGACAGCAUAUCAGCCCAUGUCGCCGGCGUAUGCCACGCCGCAAUACCACGGCAUCAGCACGCCCUUUGGCACGUCAACGCCAAAGUAUGUCAACGGAACCCCGACCGGACUAAACUCGCCUCUCGACGAUGCAGGCGACCAUUUCAUGGCCGACCCAACCAUCCUCGAGGAUCCGGCUGUCGACAAGAGCGAGAGGCUCGAGCACACCUCGCCCGAAGCCCUGACACACCUUGCCAAGCACGAGCCCUUCCGGAUUCGCGUGCUGGAUUCGUCGCCAGAUGUCGGGACGGACAGCAAUGUUCCAGAGCAGUGGCUCUCCAUCAACAUCGACCACCCCACUGUCUUUGGACACGAUGGCAAGUACGGGCCAGGGGGCAAGUGGAGCUACCACCCAAGUCCGGCACUACCGGUGGAGCAAACGAGUGCGAUGGCCGUGGAUGGCGACGAUUCCUCAGACACCAGCUCGAGCUCGGACAGCGACUCACUGUCCACCGAUGAGUCCGAGGCCGGCGAGAUUCACGAAGCCCCUGUCAUCAGCUCAGCAUCCUACCAGCGCAGCGUUGUGGCGAUGAUGUACCAUCAGAACAUCGAGUUUUGUGCGCGAUUUGGCUCGACCAUCGGAUCAACUGCUGAAGGCAGGCCAUUCGGCGGCUCGAGUGAGCCCCCGGCCGUGAUCAAGGAGCUCAUCUCCGAUGGCUGGCAUACAAGCCCCGAAGGCAUCGCCGAGUUGUCCAUGUUUUCAGAGUACAUGGCUCUGGGCGUCGACUGGCAGCGUGAGCUUGAGAAAAGCUACGGAGCCCCCGCAACACUGAGCCUCGAGGAGAACGUCGUACCGCAUGAGCUGCUACUGAGCGACAUUGGGUCGGCGUUUUCGCUGCUCUCCGAAGCCAUCGGCCGCGCCCCUGGCGAGUCUCGCGGCCCGCUGUCGAUCGAACAAUAUCACGACAUACACGAGGAUACCGAUCGCUACUCCAAGUACGGCAAGUUCGCGCUGAAGAAACGGAAGCGACAAAAUGACCAGUCCGUACUCGAGGCGUUCCCGAGCCCGGAUAUCGUGGUGUCUCACAAGCAGUGCCCGUUCCUCCGUCUUAACGUGAGCGCAGUUCCAUUCUGGGGCAAGCUUGGGCUCAAAUCAUACAGCGGCCCCAAGGACAUCAAAUGGCUGAGUGUCGUCCCACCGGCGCCCGAAAUCCGGAAGAAUCUGAUGGCGUUUUGCGAGGACGUUGGGGCCAUGUACGAGGCAUAUCAGUACGGCCACUACGCUCGCAUGGGCAACUCGAACGUGACCAUGAACUCGGGCAUUCUUAAAAUCGAUGUCAAAGGCGCCGGAACCCUCGAGUCGGACGUGGCCGCCUACAUUCGAACGUACAAGGCGCAGAUGAAGACCCUUGCCGACUACCUGGUCGCAUCCAAGGGCAUCGAGGAUCUGGCUGGGCACGAACGUUCCUACAUUGUUGUGUAUAUCGUCAAUCCCUUCGAGCACCGCACCGAGAUCCUGCUGAAGCUCCUCUCCGGAUACGAUCACUUGCUGCAACUGAUUGCCGAAAAGACCCCAAGAGCCAUGUCAUAUGCGGAACUGCGGUACCGGAUCGUCCCUGCGAUCCUGCCUCAUUCCGUGCUGACGGAGCGGUAUGCCCCUGGGUCAUUCAGCAGCGUCCGCCUGGUUAUGGACGGCAUCUACCGGUCAUGUCGGCGGGUGCUUUCGAAGAGCGGCGACCAGUCAGCCGUCAGCCCGCUGUUUGCCCCGCCGUUUGUCGCCGCACAAGCCUUGGUCCACCCGCAGUACUCGCUAGCAGGCAGAGUUCCAUCAAGCCCGCACCUCGUGAUGGAGCCGGACCGGCUGCUGCACGUAUCUUACGCCAUCGACAGUCGGUGGGUUUCGGUGCUGUGGUGCGACGCAAUCGGCGAGCUCAUGGAAUGCGCCAGCUUCAACGUCGACAGCUGCGGUGGACGCCGAGGGGUCUUUCACGAGAUCUGGGCUCGGACGCUGCGGAUCACCAAGAUGGGAGGAUUCUUGUGGCGGAUUAUCCUCGCCCGGAACAAAUCCAUCGGCAACGCAGAGCUAGAAGACUGGAAGUGGGUGCUCUCGGACUUUGUCUGCAAGACGUCGCGGCAGCCGCCGACCGCCAACUCGAGUCCAGAUCUGUCAUGGGCCAGCGAGCUCGCUGCUCUGACCAACGACCAGUCCUCGUCGCCGAUCAACCUUAGUAUACCUGGAACGCCCAUGGAGGUGCCGAGUCGAGCUGCAGCUUCUCCGCUCAGCCAUCAGCCAGCCGGACAGCCGCGACAGCACCAUCGCGCCGAAGCCAGGGACAUUGACCCGUCGGGAUCCUUGAUGGUGUCGUCUGUGUCGAUCGUCGCGCUUGCCCCCAGCUCCAAGCUCAGAGUGUUCGAGUCGCUCCGCACACAGGGGGCGCUGCCGGUCAUGCUCGACAACGUCUCGACGCUAUACUCGAUGCCCCAGAAGGACGUUUCGAUCGCACCGAGCUUCCGCAACUUUGGCUUCUGGCUGGGUCACCAUCGGGUGCCCAUGACCGACCUCGUGCCGCUCGUCACGGGCUACUUUCUCAACCUGCGCCGAUCGCCGCUGCCGACGAUGGCGGCGUUUUCAAGCACGCCCGCCCGGGUGUCCGAAGUCGGGCUGGUCUGGCAUCACCAAAGCUGCUUUGCCGAUCCAAAGUGCACUAAUUUUUCGCUGUGGCACCCUGAGUCGGAGCACCAUCAGCAACCUUCGCACCAACAGAAUCCUCAAAGCGAGACCCCGACUCUUGUCAACCCGUCGCAUGUUGCCAUCCUGCGGGACGUGCUAAAGAUGUACAACGGACUCUCGGCUCUGUCGGGAGAUCAAUCGGGACUCUGGAUGUACGAGACGGUCGAGAGCAUCGUGAAUCGGCUGUCGAGUCUAUGA